AUGUUCUUCCCUUUUGAUGCAGACAAUGUCACACUAAAGCACCGUUUGCAAGCCUUGCCUUGGACUAAAGCACCUCGACUCUUCGGCAUCUCUCAAAAUGCCAAUGGGACAUGCGUCCAUAUGCCGUGUGGGGGUGGAAACCAACGCCUUGGUGUCCGUGUCCGUAGGGUCCGUGUCCGCAGCUCCUUCCGUCGCCCGCAGGUCCGACGCGUGACGCGCGUGCGUGGCGUCACUGGAAGCCUUGCAUCGAACGUCAUUGGAAGCAGCGAAUCCGAACAUCCCAAAGUGGUGCUCGUGCCGUUGGUCUAA